AGCCAGGCAGCAUGUUCGUGUCGUCCGCAUAAACAUCAAAAUACCGACGUGCGUUCGUAACUUUAAAACGUGUUUUGUAGCAAAUCUUUAAUUUGUGGCGGAUUUUCAAAGUAAUUCCGCUCAAAAAGUGGCAAAAUGGACAUCGUUCAGGAAGUUCUGCAAAAGCAGAAGAAGGAUUUGGAGAAAUACAAGCCGAUAACGGUGGAAAAGCACCUGGAAGUUACCGUCGACGUCGGACACUUGAUGGCCACAGAUCCCAACUAUUUCGACGACGAUUUGUUCAAGAAAGACCAGGAACAGUACCUGAUGGAUUUGACCCGGGACAAUACACAACUGUUGAUCAAUGCCGUCUGGGAACUCCCAACGGAACGGGAAGAGGAAGCCGUUGUCGCAAAGAUGCCUGCCCCGAAGACAGCUCUACCUCGCGCCCGGAAGCUGCCUGUGCCGAAGCCGCUCACAAAAUGGGAAGAAAUCGCUAAAGCAAAGGGCAUCAAGAAGCGAGUCCGGGACAAGAAGGUCUACGAUGAGGUGUUGGACAAAUGGGUUCCCACCUACGGCUACCAGCGGUUCAAGGCCGAAAAGGAGAAGGAUUGGGUGCUAGAGGUGCCCCAGAAUGCGGACCCCAACAAGGACAUGUUCCAGGAGAAGCGAGAUCUGCGCAUUGACAGGAUAGCCAAGAACGAAAUCGCCCGGAUGAGGAACAUUGCUCGCGUGAAAAAGAUCCAAACCCCGCGUACGGGCUUCCUCGGACCGGACGCGGCCUCGGCCAGAGAGCUGGUGACGGCUGCCAACGUCGCCAAGGCGUCCACGGCGUCGGUCGGAAAGUUCCAGGAGAAGCUGACCAACGAGAAGCAGGCCCGCGGAAUCGGCGUCAAGGAGCUGAUGCCGGGACUGAAGCGAAAGCGCGCCCCAAUCACGCUGCCGGGCGAGAAGAAACGCAACCUGGAGAUUGUCAACAAGGUGCUGAACAAGAAGCCACUGAUCGACGUCGAGAAGGCCAUUUCGCUGCAGAAGGCCGAAGCGAGGGCAGAACGUGACAAUGCGGACCAAGAGGGAGGCCCGAAGAAAAAGAAGAAACAGCAGGGCAAGAAAGCGGCUAAGAAGGGUGGCGCGUUCGGCCGGAAGAAACCGAAGGGAGGCCAGGGCAAGCGCGUUGCGGGCAAACGGUCGGUUGGUGGGCGGAAGAGGCGUUGAUGGGAGUGCUAGAGUGUGUUUAUUUCGGAUUAGGAUAAGUUGAGUGUAAGUAAUAGAAGAGAAUAUACAUGUACGAUGUAGAGAGGAA